AUGCGCUUCAGGCACUUCUUCCACCCCCACCACGGCGAAGUGUUCCUCGAGUACACCAAACGCUUGACCAGUGGCUCCCCAGAUGAAGUUGUGUUCAGAGCCAACAUCAUCUCUGCGAAAUCUCCAGAGCCCGUCGGCGAUGUCGUGGUCAAGUUCGCGCCGGCCUACGGCAUCGAAGGCCAUAAGCUGCUCGCCGAGCGCGGGCUGGCGCCCGAGGUGUGGUACGGAGAGUGGGAGCCAGUCCUUGGCAACUUCGUUGUCGUCAUGGACUUCGUCCCGGGAAACCCGUGCGUCGAGGAGCUCAUGUCUAAACAAGCGGCGUCCGUGCACGACGCGGUGGCCCUCCUGCACGAGCACGAUCUCGUGUUUGGCGACUUGCGGCCUGGCAACCUCAUUGCCGUCGCGGGUGAGGACCGCGUCGUGCUCAUCGAAUUUGAUUGGUGUGGCAAGGUCGGCGAGGCGCGCUACCCCCGCGACAUCAACUUCAACGACAGGAUCCCGUGGGACCACGGCGUCAUCGGCGGGGGUCUCAUAGCGAAGCAGCAUGAUAUGCAUCUUCUUGCGACCCUGCCGCCCAGGCGCAAUGCGCCUACAGCAGGAUAUACGGCUCGGCCGAUGUGA